AUGGAGGUCCUUGGUGCCGUGGCAAGCUCCAUCGCCGUGGUUCAGGCUCUGGCAGCUGGAAAGCAUGUCGUCAGCAUCAUCCGAGAAGUUCCCGACAUUCAGGAUGACUUCAAUUAUCUAAUGAAAGAGUUAUCCCUUAUCAAUUCCAUGGUAAAGGCAGUCUCGAGAAAACCGCCCUCCGCCUAUGAACAGGCUUUGAUGGAUGCAGCCGCUGAAGAUCUCAGCGAAGUUACCAAAGAGCUUGGGGAAUUACUCAGAAGUUGUGUCCGUGAAGUCAAUACUAAAGACGGCAAGAUAUGCAAGACGAGAAAAAGGAAGUGGCUGCUUGAGAAAAGCACGAUCACAAAGCUUCAACAGCGAAUGACAAAUGCUAAGACCACUCUGCAUUUUGCGGUGACAUCUUCCCAUGCGACAAACGAUGCUCAGUUCCAGGCAUACAUGCGACAGAUGCUCAUGAAUCUUUACGCAAUCCACCCAGUACAAAAUGACACAACGGAGACAUUAUCGCUUAAAGAGCCAGAAAAAGAUCAACAGACGGACAGCUCCGAAUCAUCAGCACUAGAAGCAAUAACUACCAGCAGCCAGAAAGACAAUGCGCGGUUGCUUGAAAUGGACUCCUCGAUGUGGAAUUACCAGAAAGACUCCAUUCAAGAAAUUCGACAAUCAGUGGUUGACUAUGUCGUCUAUCCCUGUGAUGCUGAUUUUACCGGUGUUGGACUCAUCGAGUAUGCUAUUAUCGAGAGUCGAUAUAUCGCCCUAGAAACUCUUCUAGAUCUCUGGGAAAACGUGCUACCCGAAGUAGAGCUGCCUAAGCGCAUAGCAGAUCAUGCCAAUGAUCGACUCUCAUGGGGCAACCUUCACGACCAUGAGAUCUAUCUUCUUCAGAAACUCGUUAGACUUAUCGGGCACCCAUCUAGGGAAACGACCAACAUACAUAUCGCAAUUCGCCGACGCGAAGGUCUCCAGGCAGCAUUGCAGGAACAGCCAUGGGCUAUCAACACAGUUGAUUAUACCGGCCACUGUCCUCUUACACUUGCAACUGAUAGAGAUCAAAUUGAUUGUAUGGAGAUGUUGAUUUCUGCGGGAGCAAAUGUUAACGAAGUAACUCCACAAGGGAAAUCAGCCUUAAUGCUCGCCGCGCAGAGAGGGACUCCUGAGUCUGUGAGGUUACUACUCAACGCCAAAUGCAGGGUGGAUUGGGCCGACAUGGAUGGAGAGACAGCAUUACACAAGGCCUCAUGGUGUCAAUGCAUUGAGUCAGUGAGUCUCUUGCUAGCAGCAGGCGCAUCAGCAACUUGUCAGAACUUUUUUGGCGAAACAUCGCUACAUAGACUAACCAGCAGCACAACUAAUAACAACGGCGAUGCAAAAAGAAUUAUCGAAAUGCUUGUCCUAGCAGGCACCGACCUCGAAGCACGGGAUUUGUAUGGAAGCACACCUGUUUUAAAUUCGUUGGAGCCCGUCAACAUUAGCGUGCUGGCAUACUUGCUAGAUUUGGGAUGUUCACUCUCAUUAUCUAACUCAAGGAACCGUAACAUAUUGCAUCUAGCAGCCAUGUAUGCCUCCUUAGAAAUGCUGGAAUAUCUCGGUAGCUUGGGCUUGCACGUCAUCAAUCCAUACCAGAAGGACUUGUGGGGUUCAACUCCUAGAGAUUGGAUCUUGGAUAUAUAUGACGGGAAAUAUUUUGGAACCCGCACACCAAGCAGUGCUGAAUUAAGUGCAUUCUUUAACCUCUGCCAGGGCAUAAAAAACCGAUCCUUACAACACGAUAUCGGCAACAUCGAGAAAGUUGUGGCUGGGUUACAGGACCGGGAUGCUGCCACUGCAAGAGAACAUCUGGGCUCGUUACUUGCAAAGGAGGAGCUUUGGAAACGCGAAGGUCUUGUUUGUUGGUAUCGAGCCGUUGACAAGCGUGUUCAGAAUCUGGAGUGGGACUUGGCCACUGAAGAUUUGAGUGACUAUCUGACAGAGUUGAAAGAAGAAGUUGAUACACCUGUUUACGAUAUCCCCUCGAGAUAUGGUUGCACGUUUUCGGACUCACAAAUAUGGGAGAUAACGGCGUCGGUGUCAGAAAUAGUGGAGUGA